AUGGCCCGCUACUGGUUGCUGCAAAUUCGAUACAUUGCAUGGCAGGGAGUUCCGAUGUUGCGUCACCUUUCCCAGUACUCUGUCGAACAGACUGGACCUCCAGGUGUUCAAUUGGCAGCGAUUGAGCAAGAUCCUUCGCUCGCAUCGCGUUUGCAGGGCUCCAAGCUGUCUGCAUUUCCCGGUAUGCUGGCAGUACGACCUUCAGUGCGGAUCCACGUAUUUGGAUAUAAAGCGUGGUCUUACCAGAUUCACGCAUAUCCUGACCGCGGGGGUCUCACUAUAGAGGACGCCGCAAUAGCACUCACAAAGGUCGUCCGCCGAGCCUACAAUGACCUGGUAGAAAUGGUGUGCCUUCCUGGAGGAUGGCCACUCGGCCCAGGUGGCAUUACCUUCGAUCAGCUGUACCUCGUGGACGUGUACCAAGUCUCGCGCGGUUCCAUUCAGCUUGAUCUCACCGCCGAGAUCCCAACGCCUACAGACUAA